UCCAAGGGUCUAGGCAGUGGACUUGACAAGCGGGUGCCUGACAGCCAGGGCCCCACAUGCAGGUGGGAGGCAUGGGCUUUGAGGAGAUCCUGAAGGAGGUGGGUGGCUUUGGCCGCUUCCAGAUUCGAAAUGUGAUGCUGUUGGCACUGCCCCGGAUCCUCCUGCCUCUGAACUUCCUCUUGCCGGUUUUCAUAGCUGCAGUGCCCACUCACCAUUGUACCCUGCCAGCCCAAGACCCUCUCGACAACCUCACCCAAGAGACAGCUUGGCUGGAAGCCUACUUGCCCCGGGAGCUUGAUGGUAGCCUCAGCUCCUGCUACCGAUAUCUCUACCCACAGCCACUCUCCAACACUACCCGGGGGGAAGGGGAGGACCAAAUUGUGCCAUGUCCUGAAGGUUGGGACUAUGACCAAUCACAGUUCUACUCUACUAUUGCUACACAGUGGGACCUGGUGUGCGAGCGAAAGGGACUGAACCGGGCUGUAACCACCUUCUUCUUCAUUGGUGUGCUCGUGGGGGCCGUGAUCUUUGGAUACUUGUCUGACAGGUUUGGGAGACGCCCGUUGCUCUUGGUAGCCUAUGUGAGCACGCUAGCCCUGGGCCUGGUCUCCACCAUUUCUGUCAGCUACAUCAUGUUUGUCAUCACGCGCAGCCUCACAGGUGUUGCCCUGGCAGGCUUCACUAUAAUUGUCUUGCCCCUAGAGUUAGAAUGGUUGGACGUUAGACACCGCACCAUUGCCGGUGUCUUCAGUAGCACCUUCUGGUCUGGUGGAGUGAUGCUGUUGGCUUUGAUUAGCUACCUGAUCCGAGACUGGCGUUGGCUGCUGCUGGCUGUAACCCUGCCCUGCACCCUGGGCAUCCUGAGCCUCUGGUGGGUGCCUGAGUCUGCCCGAUGGCUUAUGACCCAGGGUCGGGUAAAGGAAGCCCAACUUUACCUCCUCCGAUGUGCAGCCCUCAAUGGCCGACCCCAAGCCAAGGAAAAGCUAAGCAUUGAGGCCCUGAGUCUGGUGGCUGAUGGGGAAAAGGUGGUUAGAAGACCUUCCUACCUGGACUUGUUUCGGACACCCCGGCUCCGGCACAUCUCCCUGUGUUGCAUGGUGGUGUGGUUUUCGGUAAACUUCUCAUACUAUGGCCUGAGCCUGGACCUCUCAGGGCUGGGGCUGAACAUGUACCAGACACAGCUGCUGUUUGGGGCAGUGGAGGUGCCCUCCAAGAUGAUUGUCUACCUGUCAGUGCGCUAUGCAGGGCGCCGCUUCACUGAGGUGGGGGCCCUGUUGGGCACUGCCCUCACUGUGGGCACUAGUCUGCUACUACCCUCUGGGUUGAUGGCGUGGAGAUUAGUCCUGUCAGUGGCUGGAAAGGGCUUUUCAGAAGCAGCCUUCACCACGACCAACCUGUUCACAUCUGAGUUGUACCCCACUGUACUGAGACAGACAGGGUUGGGACUGACGGCUCUAGUGGGGCGGCUGGGGGGCUCCCUUGCACCACUGGCCACCUUGCUGGAAGGGACGUGGCCCCCACUGCCCAAGGUCACCUAUGGUGGGGUUGCCCUUCUGGCCUCGGCCACUGCCCUCCUGCUGCCAGAAACCCGCCAUGCAGAGCUUCCUGAGACCAUCCAGGAUGUGGAGAAAAAGAGGACAGACCCCCAGAAAGAGAGGAUAAACCUGAAGCUACUACAAGAUUAAGACAGGAGGCAUCAUGGCGCUGGUCAAAGAGCAGCAGAUUGCAGGAUCAAGAUCUGGGUUUGAAUCCUAGCUCUGCUCACUACUAUGAGGAAUGGCCUCAGUUUCCUCAUCUGUAAAAUAAGGGCACGACACUAGAUCUCCAAGGUCCCCUUCAGCUCUAAAUCCUACGAUAGUGAACAGUGACACUGUCUCUUUCCAGUUGGUCCCUGAGGCAAGGAGUGAGUGAUGGGACAGCCAGACCUCACCCUCACCCCAGGAUGGGAUAGAACUACUGCCACAAUGCAUCGGGCUCCCCUAAUACCCAUAAAGAGUUGAAACAGACUUUAGAGAUGGCCUAGCCCUUCAACAUCCCCAAGAGCCUCUGCUUAAAUACCUCCAGUAUUAAAUACCUCCAGGAAGUGGGGGACUGCCCACAGGAAUUCUCUCUGUGCCCCCUACUUGGGGUGUGUGGAGAAAGGAGCCCUCAUUCUCCAUUCUGGGGACAGGGCUACCAGGUGGCACUAGGGGGAAAGAGUCCAGAAAAUCUGGGUCCCGGUCCUGGUUGUGUUUUGUGGCCUUGUUGGGCCUGUUUCCUCCCUUACCUGUGGAAUGGGGAUAAUACCACCUGCCCAGCCUACCUCACAGGGCUGUUGUGAGGAUCGGAUGAAAGAAUACAUAUGAAAUGCUUUGGAAA